AUGAUACAAUACACUAAUUUUACAUCACAAGCGGUAAAUACACAAAUUUAGUAAAAACUAUUUCGAAUGGAAGUAACUUUCCAAAAUAUUAUGUUUUGUUCCAAUAAUACAGAAGGCAAUAAGAAAUUUAAUUAAUGCGUUUUCUUAAAAUGGGAAGUUUUUUUAUGAUAAUUUACCCAUAAUCAACGAUGUUUUUAAUAAUUGACGACAAUGUUGGUGCGCGGAGAUAGUUUUAUUAUUUUGUUUACGGGGGAGAGAGCGCGAGGGGCAGAGGGUAAGCGGGUGCAAGGGAGAGAGAGAUAACGAUUGGGGGACGGCGACGAUGCUAUUAAGAAAAUAAUAUUAUUUUCUAUUCGUGUUUAGGCAAACGCCACUGCCGCCACCGCUUCUGUCGAUCGAUUAUCAACAUCCAAGAUAUAAUAUAUAUUUUUAUUUUUAUAAUUAAUUUAUCUAUUUCUGAUAUUAUUAUUGUUCUUAAAUUACAAGGAACAUUUUUCCUCGUCAUGUAUGUUAUUAUUAUUAAAAAUUCCUAAUUAAUUUCUGGAAAAAUUGAAUAAAUUUCGGGCGUGCGCCAUGGGAUCACUUAGCAAUGUAAAUCAAAAUACCAAUAAUUUUAAUCAAACGCCUUCAUAGUCGUAUUAAUAAUUUACUCAUCACUGGAAAUAUAUCGCUUAAAACAUUUUAAAAUCAAACUUAUUUACAAACAAAUUGUACAACAACGUCUAGAAAAGAAGAGAAAUAAAGAGGAGGUAAAAUAAUUUUAAAUGAACUUUUUGAAAUAAUCAUACAAAUCGUAUCUACUGUAUUACAUUAAUAUUUUUUAAUUUACUGUAUUGUUUCAAUUAAAAUUGUCGUUUUGUUGAUGAAUUUUACUGUAGCCAUGUAUCUUGUAAGAUGAAAAAUUAUAAAUAUUUGUGAUAACUGUAUUGAGUAAUGACAAUGAUGUCUGUUGAGCAUUUAGAAGGAAAUACAGACUCCACUGAUGAUCCAUCAGAUAGUAUUUACAUUGAAUUUUUAGGGGAACCUUUAGCUAAACAUGGUUCAUGUACAUUUUAUAAAGCAAUGCGUUAUAAAACUUCCAAAAAUACAAAUCUUGUUAAAAAUGAAAAUGUAAAUCAAGAUUUAGACUCAAAAUCUGAUGAUGAGUUAAUUUGGAACAAUGUAUUACUAAAUAAAUUUUAUGCUGUACGUCCAUGGAAUGACUCUGAUACAGUUUGUAUUGGUGAGUUAGAACUUUUAUGGCAAGACGAUGCUGCUAAAGAAAAAGAUGAUUAUGGUGAUGAUUCAUCAUCAUCAUCAAAUGAUGGAAUAAAUAAAAGAGGAUGUUCAAUUUCUGAAUCUUUAAAUGGUAAAUCAUCUGGUACAUAUAAUGCAGAACAACUAGCCAGUCUUAGACUUUAUAUUAUGCCUGAUCAAACACCAACUGGUAGAUGUAGCACUCAUGGUGAGGAUGAAGUAUUAGAAAUAACUGACAGAGUAGUGUUAAGAGUAAAAGACAUGGUUUCAUGGAUUCGUGGUGCAACUAAUAAUGAUGCAGAUGAAAAUAUUGUAUCAAAAAUUAACAUUCCUACUAAUUUUUCUGAUUCAAUAAAACAAAAAAAUAACUAUGAUCUAGCUAUAAAAAAUGAAAACAAUAAACUUAAUAAUGACGAUAAAACAGAGUUGAACACAGAAGAAAAAUUUUGUACUAUAAUUAAGACUGAAACUAUUGAAGAGACUGAUGGACAAAAAUCUAAAGAAAAAGUAGAAGACAAUUUACAGAUAAUUCCUCUGUUAGCGUGUGCCAUUGAUUAUGCUGAUGUAGCUGAUAACGACAAAAAUAAAUCAGGAAAAAGUUGUGAUAAUAAGAGAAAAAAUUCAAAUAACAGUACUAUAGAGAUCACAAAUAAUUUAUUAUGUUUGUCUUCAACAACUGAAGAUAUCGUUGUCAUGAGUUAUUCAAGAUAUUGUCGUUAUCGUGCCUUACUUAAACGUUUUGAAGAAAUUCUUAAACCUAAAGAGCCAAAUGAAAAUGAUACUAAAAAUAUAGAUGAGCAUAAUGAAAAGUCUCUGAUAUUAUUAAAAAAUCGAUUAGUAGUAAAUGUUCUUGGAGGAGGUGACUUUUAUACUGAUGAGAUAUCAAAUAAAACUCAUCAAAGCAAUAUGAACAAAAAUAUAAAAAGAGUUCUUUUUUGUCGAGAUACUUUUGAUUAUCCAGAAUUAGAAACUCAUGAAAUGCUUUGUAACCAUCUAGCUCCUAAACUUAAAGGACCAUCAUUUCGCUGGAACCGUGUCAAAGCCAUGGCAGCAUCUUCAGCAGCAGCAGCUGCUGCCGCUCAAGAAUCCUCAGACGAGUCUGAUGAAUCUGAUUCACAAAGAGAAUGUUAUGAGUCAUCAACUGAUUCAGAAAUUAGCAUUCGAUUAGAUAUUAAUAAGAAAGGAAGAUUUCCAGCUAGUGUAAAUGUAGCUAAUGGUUCUGCAAUUACCAACACACAAAAUAAGAAGUCUAAUCCAGGAAUUACUAUAACGAGUAACUUUGCUAAAAAUUUACAAUAUAUUGAGCAAAAAUUAAACGGAGUUGCUGCUGUACCAAUUACGCAAUCCUAUGGUAGCAGUAAAAGACGAAAAUUACAGCAUCCGCAACAGAUAAUUCAACAGCAAUAUCAACAUCAAUAUCAAAUUCGAAAUCAACUAAUUCAGCAACAGUAUCAACAGAGGUUUUUACAGCAGCAUAUUCCUCAACAGAAAUUAGGACCUUCCUCUACAAAUAAUCACAUGUCCUCAGUAUCAAGAGAACAAUUAAACUUGGUUGAUGCAUUGAGACAAGGAGGUUUAGAGGUCACACCUAUUGUUGUUCAUUCUUCAAAUCAUCCAGAUAAUAGUCGUUCUACUCAUAUAAAAAGAAGAUACAGCAAUAGUAGUAGUAAUUGUACAUUUGAUGGUGAAGAUAAUGAAGAUGAUGAAGUUAAUAUAAUAACUGUUACACCUGAUGUAGUUUGUAUAUUAAAUAAAAAUAGUAAUAGUAGUACUGAAUCUAAAACUGGUAUGUCCACACCUUUAGCCUCAAGUAAUAUUUCUGCAAAAUGUAAUAAGAAAAAUCUUACUACUGAAUGUGCUACAUUGUCUAUAGAAACUUCAAUUAGUUCAUCUGUAAAUACAAAUAAUGAUAACAAAACCAUACCUCUUCAUAGAAAAAUUAACCAAGCAAUUGAUUCACUUAAAGAACAAAUCCAUGAAAAUGAUAGUGGCUCUAUUUCAAGUAUCAGUCAUAGACAUCGAGGACAUAAUCGUCUUUCAAAUGGCAGUAUGAGUGAAUGUAAUGCUGCCACUAAUUGGUUAUUAAAUAAUGAUAACAUAACAGUAGCUGUAUUAAAUUCUCCUUCGCCAAAUAUAAAUAAAGGUUCAAAUUCAUAUCAUCGACCAAAUCAAAGUAAUCAACAAGUUUUAGAUUUAACUAGUAACCAUAAAAAAAAUAAUAAUUCACAUCAAAAUUCUUUGUUUGCUUCAUCUGGAGCUAUAGAUUUAGCAUUAAAUAAGCAAAAUCGUUCUGUAACUAAUCAAGCUUCUCAUCACCAUAAUGUAGGAUCAAAUCUUGAAAUUACUAUUGUUCCUAUAACAGCUGCUCAACAACAACAAAGACCUUUAUCAAAAUCACAUACUUAUAAUAACCCAUCAUCAUCUGUGAAACCAUCUUUAACAGUGCGUCAACAGUUACAACAACGCAGCAAUAAUAGUAAUGUUAGUAGUAGUAGUAAUAAUAAUAGGCAAAAACAAAAGUUACAGAAUCAAAGAAAAACUACCUCUGCUACGGCAAACACUUCAGCAGCAUUAUUACAACAAGAGUAUUUAAGUAAUUUAUAUGGACAGUUAUUGCAAAGGCAAUCAUAUGAAGCUUUAGCUGCAGCAUUCAAUAAUCCACAGCAACAGCAGUUAUUUUUACUAGCAGCUGCGGCUCAACAAGCACAGCAGCAAGCUCAAGUUCAACAAAAUAAAAAUAACAGUAAUAAAGGAGGAAAUAAAGACUAGUGAAAAUUGUUGAUCUAUUAUUUUUAGUUUUGAUGUUUUAAUAUAUUUUUUAUCCAUAAAUAAAAAAUGAGUGCUUUUGCUGUAAAAUUUCCCAUUUAUAUUAACUCAAUAUUUUCUAUUAGUUUAAAAAUAUAUAUUUAUUUUGUAUUUAUAGAUUUUAAUUUACUAUAACUUGUGAAUAAUUUAACUAAUUAAUUAUAAGUUGUAAAAAGCAUCAAUCUGUAUAAUUAACAAUAACGAGACGUUUUAUGUUGCUAAUAUCAUAAAAUAUUUUAUAAUAACUAUUAUUGUUAAGUUAGUGUAAUAAAAUGAUUUGUAAGUGGAAUAAUAUUAUUAUUUUUUUUUUUCAUAUAGAAUAGCACUUAUUGAAAAAUAAAAUUUUGAUCAAACAUU